GUCCCAGCAGGUUCUGACCCCGCCCCCUUCUCCCCCGCGCAGAUGCGUCACGGCUCGCGAGCUCCACUCAGAACUGCCCCAGGGUGGAAGUGGCAGGAUCUUGGUCCUUGGAACCCCAAGGAAGAGAAAUCCUACUGGAGAGGAAAACCCCAUCUCUGCCUCCCCCCAACCCCAACCAAGUGCUGCCCCAUAGAAAGGUUCACCUUCUCAAAAACUGAGUAACUUGGGGGAAGGUGGGAAAAGAAUCAGGAAAGUCUUCAGGUAGCCAGUUAAAGUGUCGAGAAGAGACUUGUAGAUUGUGAACUGGAUAUUGGAUUCCUAAAGGUUGCAUUGAUCUCAGCUGAAGUGAGGCUCCCCAUCCAACCACCCGAGGGAAUGAUGUCUACAAGACCAAGCCUGGCUGCCCCUCAGUGCCAAACUCCCCUGAAUCAAGAACUACCAGUAGUGAAACUUGAAGAGUUUUCUUGGGAGCAGGAAUCCAUCCAUGGAGGAAGUCUGCCCAGACGUGAAGCCUGCCGACAGCGUUUCAGGCACUUCUGCUACCAGGAGGCAGCUGGCCCAAAGGAAGCUCUCAACAGACUCCGGGAGCUUUGCUGCCAGUGGCUAAGGCCAGAGGCCCACACCAAAAAACAGAUCCUGGAGUUGCUGGUGCUUGAACAGUUCCUUCUUGUCCUGCCUGGAGACAUUCAGGCCUGGGUGCGUGGGAAGCAUCCCAAGAAUGGCGAUGAAGUGGUGACCCUUGUGGAGAAUUUGCAGACAGAGCCUAACAAAGCAAGGCCCACGGUCCUUGGCCACACACCCACAUGGAUAGUGCCCUCAGAGAAGCCAACAGCCCUGACCAUUGGAGAGGUGCCCCAGAAACCCCAACCAGAACCAGCCAAGCCUUCAAAGGAGGGGAAGUGGAGUCUUCUAGCUAGGUCCAAGCCUAGCCUACAAGGAGAAUUCCAUCUCUACCAAGAGAGAGGCUCAGCUGUUACUCAGGGCCCUGCCCCUUCCCAGGAGGAGAGAUCCAGAGACCUGGAGUUGGCAACUGUUCUGGAGUCUCUGACAUUUGAGGAUGUCGUAGUGGAGAAAGUGUGGCCUGCGCCCUCUCUAGGGCUUGGAAUUGGAACAGAGAAUAGGGAAAAAAUAAAGCAAGAAAGUUCAGAAAAGCCUGCAACCAUUCCAGGAAAGGUAGGCAACGAUAUUUCCUUGAUGCCCAACAGGGAAGAUAUACAAGAGACUCACUGGGGGGCUGAAAGGCAAUGGGGCCCUACUGCUUCAGAGAGUAAAGGAACACCCCCCCCUAGUAAAAGUGAAGUUUGGGAAAUAAAAGUCUGUGAUGUCCGAGAGAAACUUGAGCCUGAGGAGACACCAAAGACAUGCCCUGAGUGUGGAAUAAGCUUUUCCCAGUUGUCAUGCCUUCAGGCACACAGAAGAACCCAUGAUUCCCUCAAGCCAUACCAGUGCCCAUGUUGUGGGAAAAACUUUGGCCGUGGCUCCAUCCUCAAGCUGCAUCUGAGAACACACACAGAUGAACGUCCGUAUGUGUGUUCUGAGUGUGGGGAAUGCUUCCGGCAGAGUGGUCACCUGAGAAAACACCAGCAGAUCCAUUCUGCAGAGAUGGCCUUCUUAUGUGCUGAUUGUGGACAGGGUUUCCACCGACGGUCCAGCCUCCUGCGACAUUUACAUGCCCAUGCCAGGGAAACAGAACAGGACAUCAAACCAGCCUUCCUGUGUUCCAUCUGUGGGCAGGGUUUCCAGCGGCAUGCCAAUUUCCAACGCCACCUGAGUCUCCAUGCAGAGGAGAAGCCCCUUCAAGGUGUUGAGUAUGGCAGAAGUUUUCUUCAGGGUACCAGCAACCACCAGCAGCAGGAAGCUCCCAUUGAGCAGAAGCCUCAUGUGUGUGGUGAAUGUGGCAAGGCCUUCCAGAGGAAUGAGCAUCUGGUCACUCACCAACGGAUACAUACAGGAGAACGGCCCUUCUCCUGCGAGGACUGUGGACGUGCCUUUAGCCAGAGCUCCCAGCUAGCCAGUCAUCGCCGUGUACAUACUGGUGAAAAGCCCUAUGCCUGUUCUGAGUGUGGAAAGCACUUCGUGCGCCGGGCUGGCCUUGCACGCCAUAUGCUGACUCAUGGUGGAGAGAGGCCCCAUCACUGUAGCCAGUGCAACAAACGCUUCAGCCAGAGCCAGGACCUGAGCCGCCACCAGCGCAGCCACACUGGUGAACGGCCAUGCCGCUGUAGUGAGUGUGGGGAACGCUUCAGCCAGAGCGCUCACUUGGCUCGUCAUCAGCGUAUACAUACAGGGGAAAAACCUCACCCCUGUGACACAUGUGGCCGUUGCUUCCGAAACAGCUCCAACCUGGUACGGCACAUUCGGACCCAUACUGGAGAGAGGCCAUACCUCUGCAAAACCUGUGGAAGGAGCUUCCGCCGCAACGCCCACCUGCAGCGCCACCUUGGGACUCAUCCAGCAACUGAUGCUCUGGGAACAGGCAAAGACAUAAAAGAGCUUGGGGGGCCAAUCAAGGAGGCUCCUCAGCAGUGUCAGCAGUGUGGAAAGAGCUUCAGCCGGGGCUGUAACCUGCUUAGGCAUCAAGCCAUCCACACAGGUGCCAGACCCUAUACCUGUAGCCAAUGUGGGCGGAGCUUUAGCCGCAAUUCUCACCUGAUGAGACACCUGAGGACCCAUGCCAAGGAGACUCUGUAUUAGGCAUCCCUGAAAUCCUUACUUAGCCAAGACCCUGAGCCACCCCAGAGGGAUCUGUGCUGGGCUUGCUUACUGCCACUCUUCAAACAGGACAGAGAAAGUGGCCUCAUCAGGCCAUCUCAUUCCCCAGUUGUGCAUCAUUCUCAUAUUCCUCCCUAGGUUUUUCCUCAGCCUUUCCUCUCAAAACGAGUAAAGCAAAAUAAUUGCCUUUUUAAA